AGCAGGGUUGCAGUCAUGUAUGUGGACACUGUCUUUCUUGUGUGUCCUCUGAUGUUUGCAGCGAGCCUGUGGAGGAGGGUCCAGGCUGUCUCUCCUGUGCCCUCAGUCCCUGACCGUGUCCAAGCGCUGAAGGGCUCCUGUGUGGUGAUUCCCUGCUCCUUCACUCCUCUAGCUCCUCUCAGGGGGAGGAAGGAGAGGGUGGACGUCCGGCUGAGGUUCAGAGGUGGCGGUCACUUCUUCCCUCUCCGCAGCACCGCCUUUAACAGCGAAGACAGAGAUCAAGUGAGCCGGGAUUUCCAAGGCCGGACGUCCCUCAUUGGGCGAAUCGCAGAUGGAGACUGCUCAGUGAAGAUGGAGAGGAUCAGCCAGGACGACUCACGGGUGUUUGAGAUCACUCUGAAGAGGGGCGAUGACUUACUCUGGGGGAGGCCAAGGAGCUUCAAUCUGGAUGUUUCGGACACCCCUGAGGCUCCUGUCAUCAGCGGCUUGUUGUCAGCCACAGAGGGACAGCUGGUCAGCCUGAACUGCUCCGUCAGCUAUCACUGCCCCUCCAGACCUCCUGUCCUGAACUGGAGCUGGGAGAGAGGAACCCAGCUGAACAGCACACCUGGGGAGGUACAGACACUCCACCUGGAGCCCCACAGGCCCAUGUUACUGGCCCCUCUGUCCUUCACGGUGUCCCACCAGGUGAAACCGAGGCUCAGAUGUGAAGUCAGCUACCCGGGAGCAAAACCAGUGGCUGUUUCAAAGGAUCUGCAUGUGACAUUUUCACCAAAAGAUGUAGUGGUUCAGGUCCAGACCCUGAUAGUGCUGGAGGGGAGCAGCGCCUUGUUGGUCUGCUCCUGUAAAGCCGACCCCCCGGUGACUGUGUACCGCUGGUCCUACAGUCAACACGGCCGCACGGUGCACAUCCACCAACGCACGCACACGGUCCGGGUGUUCAACGUGACCCGGGACAUGAGGGUCCGCUGCACAGCACAGAACCUGAUUGGUCGAGGAGAAUCUCGGCCCACUCCGCUGAACAUACAAUAUAAACCAGCCAUCCUCCGGCUCUCCUCCACCUGUGUCGUGGAGGAUCUGGAGGUGAUGUGUCGCUGUUCAGUCGACUCAAACCCAAAACCCGCAGUCACCUGGAGCGUGAAUGGUACUGUUCCACCUCGUGACUACAAUGUGUCGGUAACAUCUGAGCCCGACACGCUUACAGCCACUCUGAGGGGACACAUGGACAGACCUCAGACCGUGAUCUGCUUUGCUUUCAACGCGCUGGGAAACGACUCCCUGAUGUUGCUGCAGGGAGGAGAAGAAAUAGCACCUUUGUUGUGGGUGGUGAUACCUGCUGUGUCCAUUUGCCUGGUCAUAUUCCUUCUGUGUCUUCUUUUCUACUGCUGCCGAAAGAGAGCGAGAAAACAUGGCCUGAGCAGACGUCCAGCCGUGUACCCUGAAGGAAUGGGAAUUUAUCAGGACCAGAUGCCUCUCUACAUUAACUGCACAGAAGUGACUCAUAUCUACACCAACGGCAGCUACCAACUCGUAUACCAAAACUGCACACCUCUUUUUGUGCAUACUAAGCAGAACCGUCCAAUGGGCAGAAGAGGGGGUGAAAGAAGAAGAGGAGGAGAGGAUGGAAGAAUAGAAAGACCAGCAGGUUUGGGAGUGAGAGGCACAAGAGAGGUACAGAGUACUGCUGUGACCGAUGCAGAGACGGCAAUCUACCUGGAAAUCCUCUGAGCUCACUGUGGAAAGGACUGAUGAUUCACCUGCUACAUUAAACUCACAUUAGACUUCAGAUUCAUUCUCACACUGAUGGUAAUGCAUAGGUUAUGUAACUCUCAGUUAUUGCAUAUAUUGCGAAUCCAUUGUGUGAUCUCUGUAAUAGCAAGUGCUGGUCUAUCCUUCUCUUAAUCUACAUAUUGAACAAUUUCUUCCUCUUUGACUGUUGGCCUUUA